AUGCCGACGUGCGACUCCGCCUCGGCCAUCAUCGGCAGCAGCGUGACCGGGAGCCACCUCCUCCACAUCGAGGGCUACUCGCGCGCCAAGGAGCUGCUGCUGCGCCCCGACGAGACCGCGCCCGCGGACUCCCAAUCUUUCACCGUCGGGGGCCGGACGUGGCUCCUCCGCUACGUCCCGAGCCCGUGUCCCCUGGACGUAAGGUACCCCGGCCACAUAGGCGUCGGGCUCAUCCUCGUCGACACCAUCCCUUCCCCCGUGUGCGCGCGAGCAAGGUUCGUUCUGCUCGACCAGGCCGGGAACGAGGAGCCGGCCUGCACCCAGAGUGUAGGCUGGCGUGACUUCUCGCUCCCCGCCGCCCCGGCUGUCGCCGUCGUCAUCGAGAAGGCGGCCAUGGAGGCGUCGCCGAACCUCGUCGGAGAAGAGGGGAUCUGCUUGGGCGUCCACUGA